AUGGUUGCAGCUGAAGUCAUGCCUGAGAAACCACUUCAAGCAGUUCCCAUCCUUCCAAGAGAAAGCAGUUUUUCAUCUUCAUCUAGAAGGUUGGAAGGCAAGGUUGCAAUUGUAACUGGGGGUGCCAGAGGAAUUGGAGAAGCAACGGUGCGAGUUUUUGUGAAGAACGGGGCAAAAGUGGUGAUUGGUGAUGUUGAGGAUGCACUUGGAACCAUGCUUGCUGAGUCUUUAGCACCUUCAGUGACCUAUGUGCACUGUGAUGUUAGUAUAGAAGAAGAGGUUGAAAACUUGGUGAGUUACACGGUUUCUCGCUAUGGACAACUUGACAUAAUGUUCAACAAUGCUGGGGUGCUUGGGAACCAAUCAAAGAACAAGAGUAUUACAAACUUUGACCCUGAAGAGUUUGACCGAGUCAUGCGUGUGAAUGUGAAAGGAAUGGCCUUGGGAAUCAAACAUGCGGCUAGGCUGAUGAUUCCUAGAGGAAUUGGGUGCAUUAUUUCCACUGCUAGUGUUGCUGGGGUCAUGGGUGGGCUUGGCCCACAUGCUUACACUGCUUCAAAGCAUGCCAUAGUUGGGCUCACAAAAAACACUGCUUGUGAGUUAGGGAGGUAUGGGAUAAGGGUCAAUUGCAUUUCACCAUUUGGGGUGGCCACUUCCAUGCUUGUGAAUGCUUGGAGAACAAGUGAUGAUGGUGAUGAUGAUGGGGACAUCAAUUUUGGGUUGCAUUUCCAAGACGAAGCGGAGAAAAUGGAGGGGUUUGUUAGGGGGCUUGCCAAUUUGAAAGGAACUACUUUAAGGGCCAAAGAUGUUGCUGAGGCUGCACUUUAUCUUGCUAGUGAUGAGUCCAAGUAUGUUAGUGGUCAUAAUCUUGUUGUGGAUGGUGGAGUCACCUCCUCAAGAAAUUGCAUUGGCUUGUGA